AUGCUUAUGCCACCUGAGCUGAAGCUUGCCAAAGAAAAUUUUAUAAAAAACUUGGAAUCUCUUGUGGCAGACAGUCAAGCUGUAGAAAAAAUACAGUUAUCCAACAAUAGCAGUGAUUGGCUAGCAUUGAGAAAAUUUUUACUGACUGCUUCGAAUUUUGGUAGAGUGGUUAAAAGAAAAAAAAGACCAGAGAAUUUAGUAAAAGACGUUUUAUACAAAGACAACAUAUCAGAUAUAACGUCUAUAGCACACGGGAUAAACAAUGAGAAAAUUGCGUUAGAGCAACUGUCAGCACAAAAUAAUAUUUUCAUAGAACCCUGUAGACUAUUUGUGGAUAACAAGACUUGUUCACAACAUCAGCCCAGUGUUGCAAUCAAAGGCAGCUUUAUCCAUAAUUGUCAGAAUCAAAGACAGCUAAAUCCAAUAGUUGGUAUCAAACACAGUCCCGAUGGAAUAGUGGAAGUCAAGUGUUCAGUAGCUCCGGGUAAAGUUGGAAUGGACGAAGCCAUCAAAACAAACAAAAUACAAAUUUACAAACACAAUGAAAAAACGAAUCAAACUGUAAUAAAUAAAAACAGCAAUUGGUUUUUCCAAGUUCAAGGCCAGCUUAUGAUUGCUGGCCGUGAAAAAUGUAUUUUCGACAUUUGGGGAGUGAGAAGGAACCAAUCAAAUAAAGAAAGACGAAAAAUUUUCGAAGGAAACAAUGGAACGAAAGUUGGUAGAGUUUUAUAUGAAUCAAAUACUACCUGA